UAUUAUUUUUCUGGUCUAAUCCCGACAUCAUCAUUCCUCACAACCUUUGUAAAAGUUGUUCCAUUAUCGGUGAGCUUGACACAGGCAGAAGAGAAGUAUCAAUUUUUUCGGAAAUCAGAAGAAAUAAAUAAAUAAAAUUAUAAUAUAUAUUGAUUUGGAUGAUCCUCCCCGUUGAGUUGCUGUGGAUGAAAGAAGCUAGUGUUGAUCUGGGAUUUUGGUGAAAGGAAGAGAAGAAGGUUUAAACAUAGUAAUUGGCAUCCAAAGAGGGUUAUUUUGUAGGUUAGUGAAUGCAAAAUGGUGACACCAUCUGUGCAGCCAGUAAACACCCCAAGGAAGAAAAUGACGAAACAAUUGACAGGAAAAAGGGAUGAUACCCCUCUGCAUUCUGCAGCAAGAGGAGGGAAUGUGGAUGUGAUGAAGGAAAUCCUUGUGGGAACUGAUGAGGCUCAAUUGCAUGAAUUAUUAGCAAAACAGAAUCAAGAUGGAGAAACAGCCCUUUAUAUUGCUGCUGAAUAUGGUUACAUUGAUGUGGUGAGGGAGAUGAUUCAAUACUAUGAUCUUGCUGAUGCUGGAAUUAAAGCUAGAAAUGGUUUUGAUGCAUUGCACAUAGCUGCCAAACAAGGGGAUUUAGAUAUACUGAAGAUACUUAUGGAGGCUCAUCCUGAAUUGUCAAUGACUGUGGAUCCAUCCAACACCACAGCUUUGCACACUGCUGCAACACAAGGGCACACUGAGAUUGUGAAAUUCCUAUUGGAAGCAGGAAGUAGCCUUGCAACCAUUGCUAGAAGUAAUGGGAAAACGGCUCUUCAUUCUGCUGCCAGAAAUGGACAUUUGGAGGUUGUGAACGCCCUUCUUGAGAAGGAACCUGGGGUUACAACAAGGACUGAUAAGAAGGGUCAGACAGCACUUCACAUGGCAGUGAAAGGACAGAAUCUUGAGGUGGUGAUGGCAUUGAUAAAAGUAAAUCCUUCAUCUAUAAACAUGGUUGAUAAUAAGGGAAACACUGCGUUGCAUAUAACAACCAGGAAGGGUAGGACUCAGAUUGUGAAGUUGCUUUUAGGACAGAAGGAAACGGAUACAAAAGCUGUGAAUAGAUGUGGUGAAACUGCAGUAGACACUGCUGAGAAAACGGGGAACCAUGAUGUGAAAGCCAUUCUGCUGCAACAUGGUGUUCAGAGUGCCAAGAUCAUAAAACCACAAGGCACAACAACAGCUACAGCACGUGAGUUGAAACAAACUGUAAGUGAUAUAAAGCAUGAGGUUCAUCACCAGUUGGAGCACACUCGCCAAACUAGAAAACGUGUUCAAGGAAUUGCCAAACGUAUCAACAAAAUGCAUUCUGAAGGCCUCAACAAUGCAAUAAACUCCACAACUGUGGUGGCAGUCCUAAUUGCCACUGUUGCCUUUGCCGCUAUUUUCACUGUCCCUGGUCAAUUUGUUGAUGACCCAAACAAUAUUCCUCCAGGGAUGUCCCUUGGUGAAGCAAAUAUAGCCCCACAAGCUCCAUUCAUCAUUUUCUUUGUCUUCGAUUCCAUUGCCCUCUUCAUUUCUUUAGCAGUUGUGGUAGUGCAAACCUCGGUUGUGGUUAUAGAAAGCAAAGCAAAGAAGCAGAUGAUGGCCAUAAUAAACAAGCUAAUGUGGCUAGCUUGUGUUCUUAUUUCUGUGGCCUUCUUGGCAUUGUCAUUUGUAGUGGUGGGAAAGGAGGAGAAGUGGCUGGCCAUUGGAGUGACUAUUAUAGGGACAACCAUAAUGGUCACAACCUUGGGCACUAUGUGUUACUGGGUUGUUAGGCAUCGCAUUGAGGCCUCAAAUUUGAGGAACAUUCGGAAAUCUUCAUUGGCAAGCAGGUCAAAGUCUUUUUCAGUGUCGGCCUUUUCAGAUUCUGAGCUACUAAACAAUGAAAGAAUGUAUGCUAUUUAA